AUAUAUAAAUGGUGAUACUUAUAUUUAUUUUUGAAGAACCUAUCCAUCACAUUCUCUCUCUCUUUUCUUGAACUUCUUAUCUCUCUUUUUUUUUACAGUUCUCCUUUCUCAAAACAUCACAUUGUGUCUUCAGUUUCAGUGCCGUAAAUUUUGUUUUCCUCUUCAUUUUCUGCAUACGAAAAGUUCUUUUGGGUAUUUGUGAUUUGUCAUCUCCGAAACGUUUCUCUCUUUAAAACUUUUUUUGACCGUUCUUUAUAAUUUGAAUUGAAAGAGAAGAUGGGAAGAGCUGCGAGAUGGUUCAAGGGUAUUUUUGGUAUGAAGAAGAGCAAAGAGAAAGAGAACUGUGUUUCCGGCGACGUUGGAGGUGAAGCCGGUGGUUCUAACAUUCACCGGAAAGUUCUCCAAGCUGACUCCGUCUGGCUCAGAACUUACCUUGCGGAAACAGACAAAGAACAGAACAAACACGCGAUUGCGGUUGCUGCUGCUACAGCCGCGGCUGCUGACGCAGCGGUUGCAGCGGCUCAAGCUGCUGUGGCGGUGGUCAGGUUAACAAGUAACGGAAGAAGCGGAGGAUAUUCCGGGAACGCAAUGGAGCGGUGGGCCGCAGUGAAAAUUCAAUCAGUCUUCAAGGGCUAUUUGGCGAGAAAAGCGUUACGAGCUUUGAAAGGUUUAGUGAAGCUACAAGCUUUGGUAAGAGGAUACUUAGUCCGCAAACGCGCCGCCGAAACGCUGCAUAGCAUGCAAGCUCUCAUUAGAGCUCAAACCAGCGUCCGAUCGCAACGCAUCAACCGCAACAACAUGUUUCAUCCUCGACACUCACUUGAGAGGUUGGAUGAUUCAAGAAGUGAAAUCCAUAGCAAGAGAAUAUCAAUCUCUGUAGAGAAACAGAGUAAUCACAACAACAAUGCGUACGAUGAGACCAGUCCCAAGAUUGUGGAGAUUGAUACUUACAAGACGAAAUCAAGAUCAAAGAGAAUGAAUGUGGCUGUAUCCGAAUGUGGAGAUGAUUUCAUCUAUCAAGCCAAAGAUUUCGAAUGGAGUUUUCCGGGAGAGAAAUGCAAGUUUCCUACGGCUCAAAACACGCCGAGAUUCUCUUCAUCAAUGGCUAAUAAUAACUAUUACUACACGCCCCCAUCGCCGGCGAAAAGUGUUUGCAGAGACGCUUGUUUUAGGCCAAGUUAUCCUGGUUUGAUGACACCUAGCUAUAUGGCUAAUACGCAGUCGUUUAAAGCCAAGGUACGUUCGCAUAGUGCACCGAGACAACGUCCUGAUAGAAAAAGAUUGUCACUUGAUGAGAUUAUGGCGGCUAGAAGUAGCGUUAGUGGUGUGAGGAUGGUGCAACCACAACCACAACCGCAAACGCAAACGCAGCAACAGAAACGCUCUCCUUGUUCGUAUGAUCAUCAGUUUCGUCAGAACGAGACUGAUUUUAGAUUCUAUAAUUAGUAAAAAACGUUAUUUUCGUCCUUAAAGAAAAUAUCGUCAUAGCCUUUGACUUUUCAUUUAUGACUUUCCUUUUUUUUUUUUUUUUGUAAAUUAUUGCUUUGCUUUGGAAAAAAU